AUUCUGUUUCCCCUCUCUUCCUAGUUUCUCCUGCUAAACGCGGCUCACUGCCAUAACUUUCUGUAGCAGGAGAAAACCAGGAACCCCUCUCUUUCUCUCGGCCGCGCCCACCGUCUCUUUCUCUCUCUAAACUCGCUGACACUGACGCGUUUCUCUCUCUAGAAAACCAUGCCUUCGAUAGAAGUCUCCGAUUAUCUACUCGCGGGAACCACUCCGAAGGACAAGAAGGAGAAGAAGAUGAAGAAAUUGAUAAGCGAAACCCUAGACGCCGCGGCCGACUCGCCAGCUACUGAGAAGAAGUCGAAGAAGGAGUCUAAGCACAAAAAGCGGAAGGCUUCGGAUGACGAGGACAGGAGCGAGACCAGCUCCGAGAUGGGCGAGCCCGUGAAUGUGAAGCCUCCGAAGAGCGAGGAGAAGAGCAAGAAGAAGUCAAAGAAGGCGAAGGUGGAGCCGGAGGAGGAGGACGAGGAGAAGACCGAGGAGAUGGUUAAAGAGGAUCCUAACGCGGUGUCUAAGUUUCGGAUUUCGGUGCCCUUGAGGGCCAAAUUGAAGGAGAAUGGGAUCGAAUCCUUGUUCCCUAUUCAGGCCAUGACAUUCGAUACCAUUUUGGAUGGUUUGGAUUUGGUCGGCCGGGCUCGAACAGGGCAGGGUAAAACUCUAGCUUUCGUGUUGCCCGUUUUGGAGUCUUUGACAAAUGGGCCUGCAAGAGAAUUUAGAAAGACUGGUUAUGGUAGACCUCCAACUGUUAUCGUGCUUUUACCCACCAGGGAACUUGCCAAACAGGUUUUCGCCGAUUUUGAAGCUUAUGGUGGUGCUGUGGGGCUAGCAGCGUGUUGUGUAUAUGGUGGAUCUCCCUACGGGGCUCAAGAAAGUAAGCUAAGGAGAGGGGUGGAUGUUGUUAUUGGAACACCUGGCCGCAUAAAGGAUCAUAUAGAGAGGGGCAAUAUCGACUUGAGUACCUUGAAGGUUAGGAUCCUUGAUGAAGCUGAUGAAAUGCUGAGGAUGGGCUUUGUUGAUGAUGUUGAACUCAUUCUAGGCAAGGUGAAGGAUGUAAGUAAAGUUCAAACGCUUCUCUUCAGUGCAACCUUGCCAAGUUGGGUGAAAGGCAUUUCUUCUAGGUUUCUCAAACCAGAUAAGAAAACUGUAGAUCUUGUUGGUAAUGAAAAAAUGAAGGCCAGCACCAAUGUUAGGCAUAUUGUUCUUCCUUGCUCCAGUUCAGCAAGAUCAGAACUUAUUCCUGAUAUCAUACGUUGUUACAGCAGUGGAGGCCGCACAAUCAUUUUCACCGAGACAAAGGAAGCUGCUUCUGGACUUGCUGAGGCGCUGCCUGGAGCCCGAGCUUUGCAUGGGGACAUACAGCAGGGCCAACGUGAGGUCACACUUGCCGGUUUCAGGUCUGGCAAGUUUAUGACAUUAGUAGCCACGAAUGUGGCAGCGCGUGGACUGGAUAUCAAUGAUGUUCAAUUAAUUAUUCAGUGUGAACCCCCACGUGAUGUAGAAGACUAUAUUCAUCGAUCUGGACGCACAGGGAGAGCAGGCAAUUCUGGAGUUGCAGUCAUGCUUUAUGAUCCCAGAAGGUCAAAUUUUUCAAAAAUCGAGAGAGAGUCGGGAGUGAAAUUUGAACACAUAUCUGCUCCUCAGCCACUUGAUAUUGCCAAAGCAGUUGGUCAAGAUGCAGCAGAAAUGAUAACCAAAAUCUCUGACAGUGUAAUUCCUGCUUUCAAAUCUGUUGCCGAGGAGCUACUUAACACCUCUGGCCUAUCUGCAGUAGAUCUACUGGCAAAAGCACUUGCUAAAGCUGCUGGCUACACCGAGAUAAAGAAGAGGUCACUUCUUAGCUCUAUGGAAAACCAUGUCACAAUACUUCUCGAGGCUGGAAAGCCCAUUUAUUCACCGUCUUUUGCUUUUGGGGUCUUGAGGAGAUUCUUGCCAGAGGAGAAGGUUGAGUCAGUGAAGGGUAUGGCGCUAACAGCUGAUGGAAAUGGUGCAGUGUUUGAUGUAGCAGCUGAAGAUUUGGAUUUGUUUCUUGCUGGUCAGGAAAAUGCAGCUAAUGUGAGCAUAGAGGUGUUGAAAUCACUGCCUGAUUUACAAGAAAAAGAAUCAAGGAAUUCAAGAUUUGGCGGUGGUGGAAGGUUUGGCCGUAGUGGUGGAGGUGGAGGUUUUCGAAAUGAUAGGUCUUCCAACAACCGAUCCGGUGGUGGUGGGAGAGGUCGCGGCAACAGAUGGUGAAGCGCACGUAAACCGGCUCCUUUCAAGUAAGCUGUUGCGAGCAACUAACAAUAUCAAAUGGUUGCAUUCACAAUGGUUUCAAGGGGUGGAGGGACUAAAAGCCAGUUGAUCUGAGCGGAGGCAGGAGUAUAUUUUUGACAAUGAAGAAAAUAUUCGGUAGAUCGACGGCCUUGAUUGGCUCGUUAUAGGAUCAUUUUUUCUGCGUAUAGCAUAUUCCGUCAACUCUUUUCUCUAUUUUAUCGUUCAAUUUUGUUCUUGUUUUUUAGGCCUAUAAGUUUUGCCCUUCUGUUUUCUUUUGCCCUUAGGAGUGGAUGGGAUCUUCCUUUUUCCCAUCUGCUUCCCAAGUUCGUGUUGCGUAAGAACUUUCUAACUUGUAACUUUUCUAUUUACUAGAAAGUAAAACAAGUGUUUUUUUUAACUUCUAAUGUUAUUUGUGGUAACUUACUUUUA